AUGUCAGACCAAUAUGUCGUUGAAAAUUUCAAAUAUUCUCAGUUCAUGUUGAAGGACGGGGAAAAUCCAACGUGGAGGGUGACAUUCAGGGGCAACGAUCUGCAUGAAGUGUCCCUCCAGAAUGCCACUACCGGGAACUACUUCGCAUGGGACUCUGGCAAUGAAGCGAUAACACAAGCAAACGAACCCUAUUGGUGGCACGUGCCAAAAGGUCCUACGCCAGACGAUGUAUACAUGUUGCAAGUCAAACUUUAUGGAGAAUACGUGAAUUUGGCGCUUAAAUACAAUCCAAACCCGGAGCUUGGCCUCGAGACAGGUCAAGGUGGAGAUGAGGCGAAGUGGAGGUUUGUGCCAGCCUGA